CUCAUUUCGUAGAGGUUUCCGCCCGAACCGCUAAAAGUUGUGGGUGUGAGAUUUCUUGUACGAAUUUUCCACGCAAGUCAUCCAUAGUGACCAGAGGUGGCACGGACACCAACACCAAGACAGAGACUUUGGAUGUUUCUUCGUUGCAGAAGCAGAGGCACACCAAUCCCAUUUAAUUUAUCGUUCCUCUUCUCCUCUUCACUUUCCAACCACCCAUUCAUUCCUUUUCUUCUUGCACUCUGCCCUUUGGGAGGAGUUUGUAACAUGGCUGCUCUACCUACUGCGGAGCUUAGUGAUGCAAAUGCAACACAUGUAGCAAGUGGUGAUGUGAGGGUGCUGCAUCCAGUGUUCAAGGUUUAUGGCCAGGCCACGGCAUUCUCCGGCCCCAUUGUCACCGUGAAGGUGUUUGAAGACAACGUGUUGGUGAGGGAGCUUGUUGAGACGAAAGGCGAAGGAAGAGUAUUGGUUGUUGAUGGAGGAGGAAGCUUGAGGUGUGCAUUGAUGGGAGGGAAUUUGGUACAGAUUGCAUAUAACAUGGGGUGGGCUGGGAUUGUGGUGAAUGGUUGCGUUAGAGAUGUGGAUGAUAUCAAUGCGUGUAAUAUUGGCGUCAGAGCCUUGGCUUCUCAUCCACUCAGAUCCAACAAAAAGCGCACUGGUGAAAAGAAUGUCCCUGUUUAUGUUGGUGGAACAUUUAUUCGUGAAGGAGAAUGGUUGUAUGCAGAUAAUGAUGGCAUCCUCGUAUCAAAAUUUGAGUUGUCAAACUAAAAUAGUUUACCUUCAGUUCAAUAUUAUUGCAACUUUAGACUUUUAAGUCAUGCUUUUUCUGGUUUAGUUUGUGGGGAAGUGAAUAAAAUUUUAAGAAUUUCUUGUGUGCACUUUGCCUAACAUUUGUUUCUCUCUUAUUUUAGAGGGGCAAGGGGGGGUUCAUGUUGAAAAGUUUGUCUUCGAAGCAGACAAUAUUUCAGUAGUCUUGGCCUAAUAUCCUAUCCCGAAUAUCCACUGGGUUGGGGCAGCUGAUAAAUCUUAAGUUGCAUAAGACGUGUCAA